GCCCGCUCUGUGAAGAAAUAAUCUGCUGAAUGAAGUCAUCAAGAAAUUAAUGAAGACGACAAUCAGUCCUCCUCCUCCUCCUCCUCCUACUUCUCCAUCUCAGAAUUAUGCUGGCCCUGGAGACGUGGAGUGUGACUUCUGUACUGGUGAGAAGUUCAGAGCGGUGAAGUUCUGUCUGACCUGCCCGGCCUCCUACUGUCAGACUCACCUGCAGCCUCACUAUGAAGGAGACGCCCUGAAGCACCACAAGCUGGUUGAUCCUGAUAGAAAUCUGAAGGAGAAACUCUGUGAGAAACAUCAGAAAAGUCUGGAGAUAUUCUGUAAAACUGAUGAUUCCUGUAUCUGCAUGAUGUGUGUGGUGACUGAACAUAAUGGGCAUAAAAUGGUCGAGCUGGAGACAGAGAGGGAAGAAAAUCAGAUGAGUGGAGUUUAAUGUUUAAUGAAAUCUUUAUGA